UCCAAGUAGUACUCAAGAAUCGCACCCACUCCAGACACGGCUGCUCCACAUAUACAUAAUUACAUAUAUAUAUCUCUGUCUAUAUGACUACAUGGCAGAGAAUUCUCAUGGAUAUUGCGUAGAGAUAUAGAAGCAGCUAGAAUCAAGAAUGUCCAGGAAAUUGGGGUCUUUUCGGCAGAGCUUUGCGGAGAAGAGAGAAAGGGAGAGGCUUUUAUCGCCGGUAUGCAACGCCGACUACUCCGAGCUCCCGGGUUUUCCGCGCUCUCUCGACUGCCGAGAGAGGCCGAAGUUCUGCGGCUUCGACUUCUGCUCUGCGGCUCGGAAGAAGGUUGCGAAGCUAUGGGAGAGUAUCCGGACCGUCGCCAUGAAGGCGUGGGAGAUGGGUCGAUCCGACCCGAGAAAGAUCAUUUUCUCCGCCAAGAUGGGACUGGCGUUGAUGCUCAUAUCUCUGCUCAUAUUCUUCAAGGAGCCGGUGGCGGAGCUCAGUAAAUACUCUGUGUGGGCUAUUCUUACGGUUGUUGUUGUUUUUGAGUUCAGCAUAGGUGCCACUCUUAGCAAAGGAUUUAACCGUGGAUUGGGGACACUGUCAGCUGGAGGACUUGCUCUUGCAAUGGCUGAGUUAUCUCAGUUAGCCGGAGACUGGGAAGAAGUUGUUAUAGUCAUUGGCAUAUUCAUCACAGGCACAUGCAUCACUUACGCUAAACUGUAUCCAACAAUGAAGCCAUAUGAAUACGGGUUUCGAGUCUUUUUGAUAACAUAUUGCUUCAUAAUGGUGUCGGGCUAUCGCACCCGAGAAUUUGUCUAUACAGCUGUAACUCGAUUCUUGCUAAUCGCACUUGGUGCUGGUGUUUCUAUGGCGGUGAAUAUAUGCAUCUAUCCCAUUUGGGCAGGUGAGGAUCUUCACAACCUUGUUGCAAAAAAUUUCAAGGGCGUUGCAUCUUCACUGGAAGAGUGCAUCAGUGAGUAUCUGAAUUGUGUUGAAUAUGAGAGGAUCCCCUCAAAAAUUCUUACCUACCAAGCUUCUGAUGAUCCAGUGUAUAGUGGCUAUAGAGCAGCAGUAGAAUCCACAAGCCAGGAAGAGACUCUGAUGGGAUUUGCUAUCUGGGAGCCGCCCCAUGGUCCUUACAAAAUGUUUAAAUACCCAUGGAGAAACUAUGUUAAAGUCAGCGGGGCACUAAGACAUUGUGCAUUCACAGUCAUGGCACUGCAUGGAUGUAUACUUUCUGAAAUACAGGCUCCGGCUGAAAGAAGACAAGUCUUCCGUCAUGAGCUUCAAAGGGUAGGCACAGCAGGUGCCAAAGUGCUGAGAGAACUUGGGGAGAAAGUGAAAAGGAUGGAGAAAUUGGGCUCGGUGGACCUACUCGAGGAAGUGCAUGAAGCAGCCGAAGAGUUGCAAAAGAAGGUAGACAAGAAAUCUUACCUUCUUGUGAAUGCUGAAAGCUGGGAAAUUGGUGGGAGGCAACAUGCCCAAGUCAAUGUUCCCCAAGAAGUUUUGGCCUUCGAUGAUGACACCACCACCACUGACCAUCAUUUCAAGUCCCUCAGUGAGGCCAAACUUGAUUUAUCCUCCAUUCAAAUGCCAAGUAGGUGGGAUGAUAGAAAUUCUAGUCACAAUGCAUUGGCAGGAGUCACAUCUGAGAAGCAUGAACUGAGGCCUUCACACGAGACAGCCCCUAUGGAACCCGAAGAAGAAGAAGAAGAAUCAAGGACAUACGAAAAUGCCAGCGCCUUAUCCUUGGCAACAUUCACCUCACUACUCAUCGAAUUUGUUGCAAGACUCCAGAACCUCGUUGAUGCAUUCGAAGAGCUAAGUGAAAAAGGCAAGUUCAAUGAACCCGUCGAACUACCAGACAAAGAUGAGGCAAUUGGGUUAUGGUCCAGGUUGACACGGUAUGUGAAGUUGUGGAGGAAAGAUGACAACUUACUAGCUGGAGAGAAUGCAGUUCGAUUGGUGUAGAAGACCAUGCUAAGCUGUAACUUGGAAUACUCAUAUUGGGUGUUUGGCUUUAUGGGGAUCUUACUCUUAAGAUGUGGAAGCUCUGCACAAGAAGCCCUUUUUGCAAGAAUACCUGCUUAACAUUGCUAGAGUAGCCAAACAAGAUUUUCCAUGUUUACUAACA